GCUGUAUGCUUAUUCUUAUUCUUAUUAGAAAUGGUGCUCAUAUGAACCAGCACAUAACUAGGUACCUACCUAAUACAUAUCCGCCUUAAUUCUAGCUGAUGAUAUUACCGAAGUCUCGCUUAUCAAGAGAGAAAUGGCUUUCGUGGUAUGACUUGGAAUCUUCGGGAUCUGCACGAUAGCUCUUGGCAUAAGUGGGUGACAUUUCUUAAUAGCACAGAACCUAGUGUGUAAGAUUCAAACUUUGUGUGCUGUGAUCACCUAUAUCUGUCUACGGGAGACGUGCAGUCUUUCUCCGAGGUUGGCCAUGCGCUCUACCGCCUUAAGACACCCAUCCCUUGAGUACCAAUAAUCAACGGUAUACCGUAAUACUGCGAUGUCCUUCCUAUCCAAGUCAUCUUUUACCACGCUUGAAGACGCUACCCUCGGGUUUCCAGAGCCCAGUCGCCUACAUAACGCCGCAUAACCAUAAACCAUACCUAAAACACCAGACUCCAAGCGUGCCAGAUUCUAUCUUGGCUACACUGAUGUGCUCCUCACUCCUCAAAAAUGCCCAUAAUUGAAAAGCGUGCAGCAUGACCGAAUACAAAGUGAACCGGCACUGUGCUGAUGAUCUAUAUCCUUGAAACAAUCCAAAGCAUUUCAACUCCUGUUAUUUCCUUAAUAUGCCGUGUAACUCAUUUAUCGAGUUUGGUUUAGAUGUAUGGUGUAGACCUCUUGCUUCUCCUAAUCAUAUACUCCCAUGGUGGCGGUGAUCGCGGCCGACAAUCAGAGCAUAAUUCAUCAUGUCUGGUCAGAAAUCCGUCAGUGACCAGUCAAGUGGUUUGUGAAAAUGAAGCCUUAUUUCCAAAUGCGUCACGUUCGGUGCGCAGACCUUGUUGGUUCUCUCAUAUACUGAACACCAUCUCUGUACCACAAAGCGGAAAUGCUGGCAACAAUAUUCUACCUGGGUAUAAUCACACAUCGUCGAAGAAUUUGGACGGCCGUUUCGAUGCUAUGUUCGAAAAGGAUGACGUUCAGUGAAUCACUGUCGUGCUAUCUAAACGCUGGCGAUUCUGGAGCCUAGGUUAGAUGAUUAAAAGGAUGGCGAAUUUGGACUGUAUUUCAAUGGACCGACUAGUAAAAUUGGGUUGCGCUCAUAGCUUGAGACGUAUAAAUGAUAAUAAUAACGAGCGAGGUUCAAGGUGGGCGGAAGUAUGUGUGUAUUUAAGCCUGCUGUAUCGUCGAUCGUGCUUUUCGACUAACAACCCGAAAGAAGUACAACGCCAGGAACCCUUGGCCAUAUGUGCCUGGAUUCAUACAGACCACGCUACCUUUUCCAAAAAUGCCAAGACCACCGCCCACACCUACAUAUCGCCGAUGACAUUUGGAUGGGCUUGUUGAUUAUCGUCGGUGUACCAUGAUCCGCGUACAUAUGUACGUAUUCGUCCAAAGACCCAUCUUCAUGGUUCGAGCCAACGAUUGACACUUCGUCGGUGGUCUGACAAGGCGGGUCUCUUUACUAGCGUUGGGCUACCGUGCUUAACCCUGUUAACCCUACAGAGUACAUUACAUAGG